GAGAUGCCUCCCAAAAGGAAAGGAAAAAACAACCUCCCUGUUCCUCUCCUGGAAGGAGUUAUCCUGAGAGAUAACGAAAAGAAAGAAUGGAGACUUGGUCCUAUGAUUGCCCAGGGAGGAUUUGGGCUGAUCUACUUAGCUUCUCCUCGUCUUGAUACUCCGGUCAAAGAUGAUGCGGUGCAUGUCAUCAAAGUGGAAUAUCUUGAAAAUGGACCCUUGUUUUCAGAACUGAAAUUUUACCAGCGAGCCGCAAAACAAGAGCACAUCAAGAUGUGGAUGAAGAUGAAAGGCUUGGCCUUUUUAGGGAUUCCGGUCUUCUGGGGAUCAGGCCAGGCUGAACACAAUGGCAAAAGUUAUAGGUUUAUGGUGAUGGAGAGAUUAGGAGAGGAUCUGCAAACCAUCUUUGAAAGGAGAGGGCGAAGGUUUAACAAGGCAACCGUUCUGCAGAUUGGGGUACAAAUGUUGGAUAUCUUAGAAUAUAUACAUGAAAACGAAUACGUGCAUGGAGAUAUUAAAGCAGCAAAUUUACUUUUGGGCUACAGAAAUCCACAUGAGGUUUAUCUUGCUGAUUAUGGACUCGCCUACAGAUAUUGUCCCAAUGGGAACCACAAAGAGUAUCGGGAAAAUCCUAAAAAGGGCCAUAAUGGGACAAUGGAGUUUACCAGCUUAGAUGCCCACAAGGGAGUAGCGCCGUCCAGACGAGGAGACCUGGAAAUCCUUGGCUACUGUAUGCUGCAGUGGAUAUGUGGGAAUCUACCCUGGGAACAGAGUCUGAGGAACCCCGAAGCUGUUCAGGCUGCAAAAACAAAGCUCAUCGAUGAACUCCCAGAUUCGGUGACAAGGUGUGCUCCUACAGGUACUGACUGUGGUGAGAUAGCCAUGUUUUUGGAAAAGGCGUCUAAUUUAGCAUACCAUGAAAAACCUGACUAUGAAGCAUUGAAGAAAAUCCUCUUGAGUGGCUUGGGGCAUAAAGGGAUAUCCUAUAAUGGCAUGCUGGAUUUUACCACCGAUGAAGGCACUCCAAAUGAAAGAGCUGCUCAUCACAGGAAAGCGGAUUUACCAAGGCAAGUUAGAGACAUGAAGGAAAACAUCGUGGAAAACAAGGAACUCUCCUGUCAUAGAAAAGCCACUGCAGUAAUGAAAAGCAGCCAAGUACACAACAAACGGAUGCUGGCUGGACUGAACAAGCCUCUUCAAACUGAAGAGGAACAGUUAAGCACAACGAAAAAGAGAAAAACAAGCAGUGGCUACUACGCUUCGCCUGAAAUGAUAGUAGAGAACAACCGUGCAGCACAUCUCUCCGUAGGUCCUCCAAGAAAAAAUGAAGAACAGUCCAUAGAAAAUGAAGGCAUACAUGAAGCAGUCUAUCAUCCAGAAGAUGUUCAGCCGUUGACCAGCACUACGGCAUACAGAAUCUCGCAGCCUGAACGACGUGAUGAACUAUAUCGAUAUGUCAUAUCAAUUCCCAUCCUCUUGUUAUUAAUUUUUCUUGCUCUAUAUUUUCUCUGAUAUAGGUUUAUUUCUUAAGCAAUGGAUUUUGUUGAAAUCUCAUUUCAGAUUUUCUUUGUAGACAUUUUCAGUGUGAUUUGCUGAAAUUACAUUUUGAAAGAAAAAAAUUACAAAGUUUGAAAAUUAAAGGCAAUAAACUUUUCUAAUUUUA